AAAAAAAAAAAAAACUGAAAAGUAACCGCGGUAAUUUAUUUUUUUCUCUCUCCUACUUUUCCUUUUCCCCACUCGCUCCCCUCACUUCCGUUUCACUAUUUUCGUUUCAAAUAUUUUCGCCACGCUUCGUCUUCUUCCCCUCGUUUUUUCGUUUCUUCGCUGACACUGACCUAGGGUUUGCUCCUUUCCCAUUUUUCGUUCAAUCUUUCUCAUUUUCCUCGCAUUCUUCCCCAUUCUUCCUCCAUUGUUCAACAUUGUCUUUCAUUUACCGAAAAACCUAACUAAAAGAGAGUGAUUAAAAGAGAACAUUACUUCUGCAACAAAGAACAAGAAAGUGAUUAAAGGUUUUUAGUUUGUGUGGCUGCAAAAAUGAAGAGAAAAGGAUUCAGUAGACGAAAACGAAAAGAAAAGAGUGAUUACAGAAGCGGGCCUCCUGGAACUGCUGGGUAUGGCUUGAUGGAUAGUUCCAGCAGCGAUGAUGUUGUUGAAGUUUCCCCUGCAGAAUUAAAUUGUUUUACCAUCAACUUACACAUUGGUGGGGAACUUGGGGAGUGGGGAUAUCAUAACGGGGAAGUGAAGAGUAGGGUAUAUAACCUUGAUGUCAUUACAAUGGGUAAGUUUGAUAAAUGGGUGGCAAAACUGUUACCCAAGAAGCUUGUUGACUACCAUUGGAAAGAGACAGCCGUAGAAUAUAACGUUGGGAUAAAACCAAUCAGCCAUGAGGAUGAUUUUAUGGAAAUGGCUAGGGCUGGGUCAAAGGCGGGGAGUGUUGAGGUGUACGUUAGGGAGUACUCCGUUGGGGAUGUUAGGAAAUUACAGCCUAAGAGAAGUCCUAGUCCUCCCCCUCCAUCAGCAGUUGUCUUAGAGGAAAUUGAAGAACCGAAGGACAGUUUCAGUUAUCCUAGUCUGGGCCUCGUGUUGAGUCAGGAAAAUUGGGAGAAGCAUGGGGAUCGUGGCUUCAGAAAAAAGGCGCCAGGUGCCAUCAGAAUGGUGCAAAGUCAGGGGCCAGGGGUGAAAACGCAAGGGAGCCAGGGGCCAUGGUUGAGAAGAAGGUCAGCAAGUCAAGGACCACUAAUGAUUGAAGGCCAAUGGGAACCUGAACCCCCCCCUCCGUACACAGCCGUUGGUGAAUCAGAGGUUCGCCAGUGGAUGAAAAAAACUAUGGAAGAUCUGAUGAGGGCGGGGCCUAGUGAGGGGCAAAAUCUAGCUGAGAGGUUUGAGGAGGUGCAAAAUGAGGGGCUGAACGAGGGGCUAAAUGAGGGAGAAAAUCAAAAUCUGAAUGAGGGGCUAAAGGAGGGGCUAAAUGAGGAGCUGAACGAGGGGCAGAAAGAUGGGGUGAGUGAGGGCCAAAUGGAGGGGCCAAACGACGACGAGCAUGGGCAGAUGGGAAUAGAUGAGGUUAGUGAGGGGCUUUAUGAUGGGUUACCUGCUAGUGAUGGGAUGUGGAACGAAGGGGACCUUGGCGAGGCCAAUCAAGAAGCUAAUCAGAGGGGCCCUGCUGCUGAUCUGCAAUGGGAACCUGAGAGGCCAAGUCAGGUUGAGGACCAGUGGCAAAAAUGGGGGAACUUCGAUGAGUUGUUAGAUGGCCUUUCAGCUGAGCUUCGGGUGCUAUUCGACAUGCCCAGUGAAAGAGAGAAUGAUGUUCCUGAGGGAGUUGUAAAUGAAGAACAGAAUGUGCAAGAGGAAGGGGGGCAUGUGGAUGCAGAGCAGAAUGUGGAAGAGGAGGUGGGGCAUGGGGAUGCAGAGCAGAAUGAGGAAGAGGAGGUGGGGCAUGGGGAUGCAGAGCAGAAUGUGGAAGAGGAGGGAGGGCAUGGGGAUGAAGAGCAUAUUGAUGAUUACAUAGUUGACCCCGACUACGAUAUAUGGGAUGAUGACGACGAUCUCUUGACAGAGCUGAGAUCAACAGGCCAACUACACGGAGAGUCAUCAGUUCCAGUUCAAGAUGGGGAUGAACACGAUGUUCAAUCAACACAGAGGUCUGGUGGCAGACCAAGGGGUAGUUCACAGCCAGAAUUUGGGCCAGGUGGUGUAGAAAGAACCAUAAAUCCGGAUUUGAAUGAAGCUGAGUCGGACUAUAUUGCAUCGGAUGACAACAACACAGCCUCUGAUUCUGAUGGUCAAACGGGUGCGCGGUUUAACAGGUUCGAUGAGGAGGCUGCGAGAGCCAAUCCCUCGUUCACCGAAGGAAUGUUGUUUGAUAAUAGGCACCAGUUCAAGAAGGCCUGCAGGGAGUGGGGAAUAGUCAACAGGUAUCAAGUUUGGUUCCCCACUAAUGAGAAGACGCGGGUUAGGUGCAAGUGCUAUGCCAAGUGUGGUUUUUUCGUCUUCGCUUCAAAACUAGAUAUGGCAAAUCCGGAAGACGAGACAUUCCAAGUGAAGAGCUUUUUCUUGGAACACACUUGUCCUAAGAGGACAACCAACUUCCACGUCACAAGUUCGUAUCUGGCAGAUAGUUUUUUGGAGGAGUUCAGAAACAAUCCCGACUAUACCCCUGAGCAGUUUAAGGGCAAGAUCCAAAGAGAGCUGAAACAGAACAUCCCAAUCCAGAAAGCAAGAAGAGCUAAGAGGAAGGCUUUGGAUAAGUUGGAGGGGGAUGAAGAUGGACAGUAUGAGAAGAUGUAUGACUACAGGAGGGAGGUCCUUAGAACAAAUCCUGGCAGCACUGUCGAGUUUAAAGAGCCGAGAGGGAAAUUUCAAGGCAUGUAUGUCUGUUUUGAUGCGAUGAAGCAGGCUUUCAGGAAUGGCCUUAGGGAGAUUGUGUGCCUUGACGGUUGUUGGCUCAAGGGAAAGUAUGGGGGUCAGUUGCUUUCUGCAACCGGUAUUGACCCGAAUGAUUGCAUGUACCCCCUUGCAAUGGCGUGGGUGAAGGUGGAGAACACAGAUUCUUGGAUGUGGUUUAUGGAGCUGCUGAAGGCGGAUCUGCACUUGGGCAACAGCACAGUUUUUAUGUCUGAUAAACAGAAGGUAAUUUCUUUAAUCCAGAAGCUUGUUUUGUUUCUUGCUCUCUUUGGUGUAUAA